AAACAAACAAAUAAAUAAAGGCCCAACAAGAAAUUCAGGUUGGGAAAAACAGAGUAUUUCAAGAUUUUGCCACAAAAAUCAAUAAAGUUUGAAUAUUCAUAUUUAUUCAAAACUCAAAGAUGGGUUGCUAUGAUAAUUUCAAGAAUUCGAUCACUUUUUCAAUUUCUUGUUGAUUUUUUGAAUUCUUAUUUUCAAGAACAGAUAUAUUACCAGGAUUACUUGUUCGUGAUAUUUUUGUUGUGUUCACCGUUGGUAAUUAAUAGUGAAUAAGAUUGAUGUAGAAUGCAGAGAUCGCGUAAAGCUCUUCUCUCCAGAAGAGCUUUGGGAAAGUCUACACUUGGAAAAACUAGCUUUUUCAAGGUUUCUUUGUCACUUGUAAUCUUUAUUUGGGGGCUUCUGUUCUUGUUAAACUUAUGGAUCGGACAGGGUGACGGUCAUAGAGAUAGUCCUGAAGAUCUUCCAAAAGGUAUAAGAACUUUUGAUGAAUUUAAACUGGAGCCUGAUGUAGAUUCCCAUAGCUCAUUAUCGUCAAGUGAAUGUCCCACCACAGAACUCAUCUCAGAAAACGUUAUCCAGGGUGAUUUAAUUAGUAACUUUGAAAACCUUAUCGAGGGUGAUUUAGUAAAUCACUCUGAAAACAAGGAAGAGAUUAUCAGUCAAGAAUUUGAAGCUGUCCAAAAAGAACCAAUUCCUCAUUCGGUUUCUAAGUCAGAACCAAAAGGGUCAUCUAAAACUGAAAGAUCAAGACCCGUACCUCUAGGUCUUGAUGAAUUCAAGAACAAAGCUUUCAACAUAAAAACCAGAAUGUCAAACGGUAAUGUCGGAAGUAUAAUUCACAGACUUGAGCCUGGUGGUGCAGAUUAUAACUAUGCUUCUGCUUCAAAGGGUGCAAAGGUUUUAGCUUCUAAUAAAGAAGCAAAAGGUGCAUCUAACAUCUUGACAAUAGACAAGGAUAAGUAUCUUAGAAACCCAUGUUCAGCUGAGGAGAAGUUUGUGGUUGUAGAACUUUCCGAAGAAACCCUAGUUGACACCAUAAAAAUUGCUAAUUUUGAACACCACUCAUCGAAUCUUAAAGAGUUUGAACUGCUUGGGAGUUCAGUAUAUCCAACAGAAACUUGGCUAAAACUUGGAAACUUUACUGCUGGAAAUGUGAAACACGAACAAAGAUUCGUUCUUCAGCAGCCAAAAUGGGUGAGAUAUAUAAAGUUGAAUCUUUUGAGUCAUUAUGGAACUGGGUUUUAUUGUACAUUGAGUUUUGUACAAGUUUACGGAGUCGAUGCUGUUGAAAUGAUGCUUGAGGAUUUGGUUUCUACACAAGAGAAAAAGUUUCCUUCAGAACUUGAAAGUGACUCAAAACCGGAGGGUGAGCCGGUUGAUCAUGCAGAUGCUGAUGUGGAACACGACCUCUUAGAUGAAUCUGAAGGUAACCGUGUGAUCACACCAAUUGAUGUUCCUGACCCACUUUCGGAAGUGCGCCAACAACAAGCUGGAAGGUUGCCAGGUGACAGUGUUAUCAAGAUUUUGAUGCAAAAAGUUCGUCUGUUAGAUAUUAACCUAUCAUUGUUAGAGAGAUACCUUGAUGAAUUGAACUCCAAGUACGGGUACAUAUUCCAAGAAAUUGAUUCAGAAAUUGGAGACAGAGAUCUCAUCAUGGAGGAGACUAAAAGAAACUUGAGAAAUGUCCGUGAGAGUAAUGAGGUCUUGACUAGAAAGGUUGAUGAUUUAGAAUCAUGGAAAACGCUCGUGUCUCUUCAGCUGGAUGAAAUCACAAAGAGCAAUUCUUUCCUCAGAUCGGAGGUAGCAAAGGUGAAGGAGAAUCAAGUACAUAUGGAAAAUAAAGGAAUUAUUAUAUUUCUUGUUUCCUUAUUUUUUGGAUUUUUAGCUAUUGCCAGAUUAUUUCUGGAUAAAGUUUUGUUCUUUUUACAUAGUAAACAUAGAUCAGAAGAGAGUAGUAAGUCGGCAGAUCGUUCUUGGAUUUUCCUGCUUUCUUGUUGUACGACUAUCAUCGUCAUCCUCUCAUUAUAAUCAUUUUCUUAAGGCGCUUUGUCUCCUUUUCGUACUUUGAAGUUAUUUUGUAAAAUAUUUAUAAACAGUUAUAUGAAAAUAGUUUUUUUGGUGAAAUGGAAAUAGAAAUGUUGAACA